GCAUCGAUACUUUUCAUUUGCACAUCGAUGGUAUAGUUAAUAAAGUUAGUUUAUUUCUCAUCAUUAAUCUGUUGCUCAUUAGUUGCGUUAUUUUUUAAUUUCCUGUGUAGUUAGUUUACUUUAGAUAAUUAAAAAUGUCUUUCUUCGGUAAGCUAUUUGGCGGUAGAAGUGAUGGAAGUAGCAAACAAGAACAAAAGGUUACCACUUCAAUGGCUAUUCAGAAGUUACAAGAUACAGAAGAAAUGCUUAUGAAAAGGAAAGAGCAUCUUGAAGGAUUAAUUAAAGAACAAGAGAAUAUUAUCAAGGUUAAUGGAACAAAAAAUAAAAAAGUAGCUUUAACUGCACUGAAGAAGAAGAAACGUUUAGACAAGCAACUCGAAAUUGUUGAAGAUACAAUGGCAACAUUGGAUAAUCAAAGAGAAUCUUUGGAGAAUGCUAACACCAAUACUGAGGUUCUUAAAAAUAUGGCUACGGCUGCCAGAGCAUUGAAAGCUGUACAUAGUGAUAUGGAUACUGAUAAGGUUGAAGAUUUAAUGGAUGAAGUACGAGAACAACAACAAAUAGCUGAGGAAAUUGUCGGUGUUAUUACUGAGAGAAGCGGUCAACAACUAGAUGACGAAGAACUCUUGAAGGAGUUGGAAGAGAUGGAACAAGAAGAAUUGGAUCGAAAAUUGCUGAACGUUGGAUCUAUACCAGCCGUCACACCCGAACCUGUAAAAGAUGCUUCACCAAGUUCCAAAUUGAAAGAUCCCGAAGAAGACGAAUUGGAGGCCUUGAAACAAUGGGCUGCCUGAGAUGAAGUCAGAAGUGAUUUAUAUUUUUUACCAAAAAAGCUGAACAUGAUUCGUGCUAUCUAUUAAAACACUAUCUUCUCUUUUUUAACUUGCAUACCUAAUUAAUAUUUUAUUAGCCUUCUCUAUCUAAACUGAAAUCAUAAUGAUAAAAGCCAAUGUACACCCACAACAUGGUGAUUAUCAUCAUUACCAACUGCUUUGAUGGCAACUGCUUGACUUAUCAAAUAAGCAUUCUCUCCUAUUUCAUCCUUCACUCACUCAACCAUUUUUUCCACUCGCUUCAAAUAUAUUAGAAAUAUGUUAUUAUGUACAUCUAUUUUGGUUAUCAUCGAUAAUUACACUGACGUAGUUUGCUGUACAAUAUCAAAAAAUGUUUUAAAUCGA